CCACUUUUUCUGUCUUGUCACUUUCCCUCCCUCGGUGUUGGUACGAGUAAACACAUUCUUUGACCCUUUGACCCUUUGACCCUUUGACCCCGUCCUUCCUUACAUUCCCACGUUCAGGCUGUACCAAUCCCCCAGGUGCUCUUUCACACCCUUUCAAGGAACAAUGGAUCAGCAGCAGCAGUACAAUCAGCAGCCGAUGGGCACUGAAAAGCAGGCCCAGGGAUAUCCCAACAAUUCUCCGCCUCAAUAUCCACCCAAUGCCGCUCUUCAAGAGCAUCACCAGCAGCCGUCCUAUCAGCCUCAUCAACAUCCUGACGAGUCUCACCAGUACUCACACUCCGCUGGCAGCCAUGGGUCGUGGACAUUUGGGUUGUUUGACUGCUGCUCUCCAUUUGGAACCUGCUGUAUGGGAUACUGGUGUCCUUGCUUUCUCUACGGCAGGACUUAUGCCCGUGAUCAUGGUGAUCCGGACGCCAGUGCAGUGAACGGAUCGUGCUGCGCAUGGUACAUGUUGUCUUGCUUCGGAGCUCAAUGCAUUCUCCAGUGCAUCAACCGCACUUCCAUACGGGAGAGGCAUGGCAUCGAAGGUGGCAGCUUUGGUGAUUUCUGUACCUCGUGCUGCUGUACAUGCUGUGCAUUGAUCCAGGAGGAGAAGGAGUCGGUCGUCAGAAACACCGGUAUCAAUCCUAAGACGGAUCUGCCAUACAGCCCUCCGUCACAGAUGACUUAUCCAUAGAGCAAACGGCAGGAUGCGCGACAAGUCCGAGGUUUUUUGUUUGUUGAUGCAGUUUUGGUUUGUUGUCGGCUGUUGAUGGAUGUUGUCACAACACUCCGUCUUCAGCCUUGAGGUGGUUUCUUUCAUCCUGUAUUUUCAGUGAACUGUUGGCACAGUGUCCGAAAAGGUGAUAAAGGUAACAUAAUAUCCAGAUUGUCUUAGACGCUGGCUCUCAUUUGGUUUACAUCCACAGUCUGCUAUGGGCAUCCUCAUUGCUCUACUUGUCUAUUUCGCUUCGCCGAUCUAUCACAGUCGCUUCAGUUGCGAUUACUUGCCGUGACCACAAGGCGAUGCUAAUGCUUAUCG